AUGGGAUGCGGCCCGAGUGCACAGUGCUCAAAUCCAACUUUUCAUAGAUUAAUUGAUCUGCCCGAGGGGGGGUCAGAUUCGACAUGUCCCAACACUGUGUGGUUAACGGAUUAUUUGUACACCUGCAGGGCAAAAAAAGCCAGUAUCUUCCACAGCAGAGCCGUUUUAGUCGCAACACGCCAUGGACAUUACAUGGAUGAAGUCGAAGUUCUUUUGAUCGUUGAGGAUAUAAUGAAUACAUUGACCAUUGUGUUUUUUAUUGCCAUUUUGUACCUGAAAAUUGUGAGGCAAAAAAAAAAAAAAAACCGUCUUACAAUUCCAGAGCACAAUGGACGGCCUUUCUUCAAAAUGUCAGAUAGACUAACUAGGCAAGUACAACAUAUGCAAGAGCUUAUAUGCAUUAGUGACAGAGUAUGUGUCGAACAACUACGUAUGGACAGAAAUGCCUUCGGUCGUUUAUGCUACCUUUUGGAGCAUGUUGGUAAAUUACAGAGCAGUCGAAGUGUGCCAAUAAGUGAGCAAGUAGCCAUUUUCUUGAGUGUGUUAAGCCAUCAUAAAAAAAAAAAGCAGUGGUUAAGUAUGAUUUUAAACGAUCCGAGCUGUGCUACGCUUACACCCGAUUAUCGUCGUAAAACCUAA